UUGGAGAUUAUUCCUGUUUGGACUAAGAUGAGGCUGUGUCUCCUGUUCUACAUCCUCUGCCUGAUGGCUCCGACUGCCUACAAUCAGCUUCGAGGUCCUUCUGGUCCCAAAGGUGACAGAGGAGAGCCUGGGCCCCCAGGAUUACCUGGUUUUCCUGGAUUUCCAGUUUUGGAGAUUAUUCCUGUUUGGACUAAGAUGAGGCUGUGUCUCCUGUUCUACAUCCUCUGCCUGAUGGCUCCGACUGCCUACAAUCAGCUUCAAGGUCCUCCUGGUCCCACAGGUGACAUGGGAGAGCCUGGGCCCCCAGGACCACCAGGCAUAGCAGGAAACCGUGGAGCUUCUGGACCAGUUGGACGUCCUGGACCAGUUAUAAUGUGUGGACAAGAUUCCUUUGAGCCUGUACGCCAGGACGUUAAGGCCUUAAAUAGGACGAUUGCUGUACUAGAGCUGGCAAUAAACUUUGAUUUUGUCCGGAGCGUUGGUGAGAAAUUCUUUGUGUCCAACAAGGAGAGAGGCUCCUUCUCGAAGGCCGUAGACUUCUGCUCCCAACGAGGCUUAGAGCUGGCUUUACCACAGAACGAGGAGGAGAACAGCAUGCUGACUCAGUUGUAUGGUGAAGCUGAUAAAAUGGCCUGUAAUCAUCUGUAA